GUGUCAAUUUAAUGUUAUUUUUCUUCCUUUUAUGUACUGAAACAAGCUUCUUAGUGGGUUGGAUUUGUUUUGUUCUGUAAGAGUUUAAGAAGUAAGAACAAUGGUCUCGAGAUCGUAUUCAAACCUUUUGGAGCUCGCCUCAGGUGAGGCUCCAUCGUUUGGCCGUAUGAGCCGUCGACUUCCCCGUGUAAUGACUGUUGCAGGCAUAAUAUCAGACCUUGAUGAUGACACAGCUGAUAGUGUUUGCUCUGAUUCUUCUUCCUCCUCUGUACCUAGAGAUCGUAUCAUCGUAGUAGCUAACCAACUUCCAAUUAGGGCUCACAAAAAACCUGAUAACAAGGGUUGGACUUUCAGUUGGGAUGAAGAUUCACUUCUUCGUCAGCUGAAAGAUGGUCUUGGGGAGGAUGAAGUUGAGGUCGUUUAUGUAGGUUGCCUGAAGGAAGAUGUUCACCCCAAUGAGCAGGAUGAUGUUUCUCAGAUCCUGCUUGAGUCUUUCAAAUGCGUCCCCGCAUUCAUUCCACCUGACCUCUUUAGUAGGUUCUAUCAUGGGUUCUGUAAGCAACAGCUGUGGCCUUUGUUCCAUUACAUGUUGCCCCUGUCGCCGGACCUUGGUGGUCGUUUCGAUCGGUCCCUAUGGCAGGCUUAUGUCUCGGUUAAUAAGAUAUUUGCUGAUAGGAUCUUAGAAGUGAUCAACCCAGAAGAUGAUUUCGUCUGGGUACAUGAUUAUCAUCUCAUGGUGUUACCAACAUUCUUGAGGAAGAGGUUCAACCGGGUGAAGCUUGGGUUCUUCCUCCAUAGUCCGUUUCCAUCUUCAGAGAUCUAUAAGACAUUGCCUGUCAGGGAAGAACUCUUGAGAGCCCUUUUGAAUUCUGACCUUAUUGGAUUCCACACAUUCGAUUAUGCCAGGCAUUUCCUCUCAUGUUGUAGUAGAAUGCUUGGGCUCAGCUAUGAAUCCAAGAGAGGCUAUAUUGGUCUUGAGUAUUAUGGCCGAACUGUUAGCAUCAAAAUUCUUCCUGUUGGCAUCCACAUGGGUCAGCUCCAAUCAGUCUUGAGCCUUCCAGAGACUGAAGCUAAGGUCGUAGAGCUCAUUAAGCAGUUCACUGAGAGGGGAAGAACAAUGCUGCUUGGGGUAGAUGACAUGGACAUAUUCAAGGGGAUCACCUUGAAGCUGUUGGCUUUGGAGCAGUUGCUUUUGCAGCACCUAGAGUGGCGUGGGAAGGUCGUUUUGGUGCAGAUAGCCAAUCCAGCUAGGGGCAGAGGAAAAGAUGUGCAGGAAGUUCAAGCCGAGACUUACUCAACUGUGAAGCGGAUUAAUGAGAGAUUCGGACAACCCGGAUAUGAACCAGUCAUCUUGAUCAAUGAGUCGCUUCAGUUCUUUGAGAGAGUUGCAUAUUAUAUGGUUGCUGAGUGUUGUCUGGUAACUGCUGUUAGGGAUGGGAUGAACCUUAUUCCAUAUGAAUACAUCAUUAGCCGGCAAGGCAAUGAAAGAUUGAACAAUGCUGUGGGAAUAGAUCCAUCAUCCUCAAAAAAGAGCAUGCUAGUUGUAUCUGAGUUCAUUGGGUGCUCCCCUUCUCUGAGUGGUGCCAUACGAGUUAACCCUUGGAAUAUAGAUGCAGUGGCAGAUGCAAUGGACUGUGCCUUGGAGAUGGCAGAGCCUGAGAAACAGCUCCGACAUGAAAAACAUUAUAAGUAUGUCAGUACUCAUGAUGUAGGGUAUUGGGCACAUAGCUUCCUACAAGAUUUGGAGAGGACAUGUAAGGAUCAUUUAAGGCGGAGAUGCUGGGGCAUUGGAUUUGGGUUGGGGUUUAGGGUUGUGGCCCUUGAUCCAAACUUCAGGAAGCUUUCAAUGGAGCACAUAGUGUCUGCAUAUAAAAGAACUAAAACUAGAGCAAUUCUUCUAGACUAUGAUGGCACUCUGAUGCCUCAGGCUUCUAUUGAUAAGAGCCCAAGCUCUAGAUCCAUUGAUAUCUUAAACAGCCUGUGUAGAGAUAAGAACAAUGUCGUCUUUCUUGUAAGUGCUAGAAGCCGGCAGACCCUCAGCGAAUGGUUUUCUCCAUGUGAGAAUCUGGGAAUCGCAGCGGAGCAUGGCUACUUCUUCAGGCUCAGGCGAGAUGCCGAUUGGGAAACAUGUGUACCAGUGGCUGAUUGUAGUUGGAAGCAGAUAGCAGAACCUGUCAUGAAGCUGUACACUGAGACAACUGACGGGUCCACAAUUGAAGACAAGGAAACAGGGUUGGUAUGGUGUUACGAGGAUGCGGAUCCUGAUUUUGGAUCUUGUCAAGCUAAGGAACUUCUUGAUCAUCUUGAGAGUGUCCUUGCAAAUGAACCGGUCUCCGUCAAGAGUGGGCAGAAUAUUGUGGAGGUUAAGCCACAGGGUGUAAGCAAGGGGCUUGUGGCAGAACGCCUUCUUUCCACCGUGCAGGAGAAAGGAAUGGUACCUGAUUUUGUUCUCUGCAUAGGUGAUGAUCGAUCUGAUGAAGACAUGUUUGAAGUAAUCACUAGAAAUAUGGCAGGAUCAUCUUUAACCCCAAUGGCAGAAGUGUUUGCAUGUACUGUUGGUCGCAAACCCAGUAAGGCCAAGUAUUAUUUGGAUGAUACAGUGGAAAUUGUUAGACUAAUGCAGGGGUUGGCAUCUGUAUCUGAACAAGCAUACCCAGUUUCUUAAAAAUUACAAGUCUAAAGAAGAAAGCAAGGUGCAUUGAUUCUUCUAAUCCCUGUCAACUUGAAGCUAGGUGGUGGGGUCAAUUUUUCCAUUUUGGUGUGUAUUCUAGUUGCUGUAAAUUACUGUAGUGUUAACAAAAAGAGCUAUAUAUCUUUGUGCUAGUAUUUGAUCUCCAUGCAAUAUCACCUGUAAAUAGAUAUUUACAUUAUAAUUCCAAAGUGUGUUUCUCAUUUGCA